AUGGAUAAUCUCAGAUGCAACAGGCUGACUUGUCGACGAGUACUCACAGAGAAAGCGGUUGUACCGCAACAGGAUCUAGUUGACUGUGCCAACGAAUUGUUCAACGCGUCGAGACUUUGUCCAGCUUGCGACACCUCGCUGACCGAACCAGAUGACGUGGUGGUCUGCUCUCUGCAUCCAUCAAACGACUAUAAAACAUCCGUCCUAUCCGGAUUGAACCCAGCGAUCAUCGUAGAAAUUUGUGGGAGAGCGCUAUCUUUCUGGCAAUAUCAAGUUCACCAAGAACAUUCCUUUCAACAAGCCGUAGUUCGCAAUCUCAACGAGAAGAAUGCGCAGAUCCAGAAGGACCUAAAUAAUGUCGUCCGAGAAGGCUCAUAA